AUGGAAUCUCUUCCAGAAACCCAUCGUGCAUUAGUCCUCAACACAAUUGGAGAACCGCUCCUCCUCGAAACACGACCUACACCGCAAGUAACCCCAGGAAGCGCAGUCAUCAAAAUUCUCGCAGCCGCAGUGCUCUCUUACUCCCGAGAUAUCUACAAUGGCACCCGCAAAUACGAACUUCCAACUCCUUCGGUACCAGGUAGUGGUGCCGUUGGGCGUGUCACAGCCGUAGGCGCCGAUGCUACUAAGGUCAAACCUGGCGAUCUUGUUUUCAUUGACAUCUACAUUCGCGGGCGCGACGAUUGUAGUGUGGGUGCUCUAUUGGGUAUCAAUGACGGCCACUCCGAGGUUAGUAAGUGCAUGAUGCGCGGAGAAUGGCGAGACUCGACCUAUUCCGAGUAUGCGAGGCUGCCGCUGGAGAAUUGUUUCCCGCUAAACGAGAAGCGGCUACUUGGAUCACCGGCAGAGGGCGGACUCGGAUACACAAUUGAUGAGCUACUAUAUGUUGCUGUUCAGCUCGUACCUUUUGGUGGUCUCCGCGCCAUCGGUCUGGAUAUCUGCGACAAAGUCAUCAUAAGUCCCGCGACGGGAGCAUUUGGUAGUGCUGCUGUUCAGGUGGCGCUAGCUAUGGGGGCCAGCGUGAUCGCAAUGGGCAGGAAUAAAGAGGCCCUCAAGAAGCUUAAGUCGAUGUUUUCGCCCGAUACUAGCGAGAAUCAUCUCAUUCAGGUUGUCCAAAUCACGAACGACCAUCAGCAGGAGGUCGAGGCUCUUGCGGAAGUGGGCCCUGCCGACGCCUUCUUUGAUACCUCCCCCCGAUGGCGGCCGGUUCAACACAUAUCAAAAGUGCUAUUGUGUCUCUCAGACAUUCUGGCCGAGUAUGUUUGA